AUGAAUCUGUCAUCAGGAUUACAGUUGUUCGUGUGCCUGUUCAUGUGUACGGUAAACGUACAAGGAAUCAAGGUAAAGUUUGGUACUAAAGACGGUCCAAUAGAGCCUCCUACUCCAGAGCCGCAGCCUCCGCCGCAGCCCUAUAGAGAUCCCGCACCAGUUUGGGAAGAAAGACCUGAUGACACUGUUGACCCUAAUGCUCAUUGGAAACCACAACAGUCUAUACCUCAGCCGAGGUACACACAAGUUUUCUUUAAUCCCUCGCCAACGCAGCAGCCUCUUAACAAUGUGCAACGUUUCGCAAACUCAUACAAACCAGUACAUCAACCAAUUCAAGCCCGACCAAUAGUUGAUUACUUCAAACCAGCUCAAAUAUUGAGUUCACAAAGUUUGCCAGGAUUCGGCAUUCGUUAUUUCGUUCCUAAGUAUGUCAACGAUCUGCAAGCUCGAAAGGAAGAAAAGAAACAGGAAGACGCAAAACAUAAUGAAAUUGAAACAAAUGAUAUAGCUGGAACUGAGAGUCAUGAUUAUAAUUCGGAUUUGUUAUGGAAAUACGAAAAGGAUGCUACCAAAAGGGCUCUCACUAACGUCUUAGAAGUAAGUGAUGAGAAAAAUAUUGCUAUGUAA